AUGAGAGCCCUGACCAUGCCUGCCUGCUCUGUGUGUCUGCUGCUCCUGCUGCUGUGUGGGCUGCUGGGGGGCUGGGUGCUGUCCAUCUGCCCCCCUGUGUGCUCCUGCAGCAGAGGACACCGUGUGGUGGACUGCUCCUCUCGAGGCCUCACCAAGCUCCCUCCUGGCCUGCAGCACAACAUCCACUUCCUCAACCUCUCAUUUAACAGCUUGCAGGAUCUGGACAACCAGCUCAGCCACUAUGCCCACCUCAGAACUCUAGAUGUGUCUUAUAACCGUCUGGAGAGUCUUCCUCCUGCUCUGCCUCGCUCUCUGUGGGACCUCCGAGCGGCAGGAAAUCACAUACGCUCUCUGGACAAAAACGACACGGCAUACCACUGGAACCUGAAGGUGCUGGACAUGUCGGACAACGAGCUGGAGAGAGUGGUCUUCAUCAACAACACUCUGCCCAGCCUCCAAACUCUCAACCUCAGUUACAACCGCUUUUGGACUGUGCCCACAAACAUGCCUCACAACUUGGAAAGCAUUGAUCUGUCGCAUAACUAUCUGGUGCAGAUCCUGCCUGGAUCCUUGGACCGUCUGCCCAGGUUGACUCACUUCUACUUCCACGCUAACCGUUUCUCCUGGCUGCCUGAUGGAGUCUUUGAUAAGCUGGGUGGGCUGCAGCUGAUGAGUCUUGGGGAUAACCCCUGGGCUUGUGAGGAGGAAGAGAACAUUACCAGGCUACUGAGCUGGGCUGAGCAAUCCAGCGCCACAAUCUUAGGCUGCCCCUGUCACACCAAACCCAUCUGUGGUCAAGCCCAUGUGGCGACCCCAGGGGGGGACUGGCACUCUGCAUUAUUCACAGAGCCCCCGCUGUGGGUUAACAGUCAUGUGAACAGUGAAGAGGUCGAUCCUCCGUCGCCGGCGAGGACGGCCGAGGCUACGUCUAGCUACCAGGCCAAGUCUGCGCUGUUUGAGACUGGAAUCUAUCAGGACAGAAGAAGUGUGACAGAGUCUUCAGAUCACAUGAUGUUUGUCUGGACGUCUGCUACCGGUCUGGACGGCUUCUCCACACACACAAGCACAACAGCUCACCCGCAGCCUGCAACAAAGAAGCCUAAAAUAGCCAACUCACGGAAUAAAGGCGGAGGAUUCUUCUGUGAGACUCGUCAAACUGUCACUCUGACUGUUGCAGUUAUGAGUCACAUCCUGCUGAAAACAGCCUGA